CUGACUCUCAUCAUUUCUCCUUGCUCCAGGGCAUCGUGUUUUGGAAGCUGUCAGUCCCGGGGCCCUUGGGAGGGCUGAGGCCCACCAUGCCCAACCUGCGGCUGCUGUUCACUGCUGCUCUGCUCUCCAGCUGGGCCCAGCUCCUGGCGGAUGCCAACUCCUGGUGGUCCUUAGCCAGGAGCCCGAUGCACAGGCCUGAGAUGCUCAUCAUUGGCGCUCAGCCCGUGUGCAGUCAGCUGCCUGGGCUCUCCCCUGGCCAGAGAAAGUUGUGCCAACUCUACCAGGAACACAUGGCCUACAUCGGGGAGGGAGCCAAGAUGGGCAUCAAGGAGUGCCAGUACCAGUUCCGGCAGCGGCGGUGGAACUGCAGCACGGUGGACAACUCCUCCGUCUUCGGGAGAGUCAUGCAGAUCGGUAGCCGCGAGACUGCCUUCACCUACGCGGUGAGCGCCGCGGGAGUGGUCAAUGCCAUCAGCAGGGCCUGCCGCGAAGGAGAGCUGUCCACCUGCGGCUGCAGCCGGACCGCGCGGCCCAAGGACCUGCCCCGGGACUGGCUGUGGGGUGGCUGCGGGGACAACGUGGAGUACGGCUACCGCUUUGCCAAGGAGUUUGUGGAUGCCCGAGAGCGGGAGAAAAACUUCGCCAAAGGAUCGGAGGAGCAGGGCCGAGUGCUCAUGAACUUGCAGAACAACGAGGCGGGCCGGAGGGCUGUGUACAAGAUGGCAGACGUAUCCUGCAAAUGCCACGGUGUCUCUGGCUCCUGCAGCCUCAAGACGUGCUGGCUGCAGCUGGCCGAGUUCCGCAAGGUGGGGGACCAGCUGAAGGAAAAGUACGACAGUGCGGCCGCCAUGCGCAUCAACCGCAAGGGCAAGCUGGAGCUGGUCAACAGCCGCUUCAACCAGCCCACGCCCGAGGACCUGGUCUACGUGGACCCCAGCCCUGACUACUGCCUACGCAACGAGACCACCGGCUCCCUGGGCACCCAGGGCCGCGUCUGCAACAAGACCUCGGAGGGCAUGGACGGCUGUGAGCUCAUGUGCUGCGGCCGCGGCUAUGACCAGUUCAAGAGCGUGCAGGUGGAACGCUGCCACUGCAAGUUCCACUGGUGCUGCUUUGUCAAGUGCAAGAAGUGCACGGAGGUCGUCGACCAGUACGUCUGCAAAUAGCCAAGGGAGGCGGGCUCCGUCCCUCCGGUCCUCUUCCUUCCACACUGCCUCUCAAAAGUCUAUAUUAUAUAAAUCUAUAUAAAUAUAUUUUAUAUUUGUAUAAAUAAAGGGAUGGAUGAGAAAUAAUUAAAAGAAGAAGACAGAAAGGAAAAAGCUUAUUUAAGAGACGUUGGGGGCCUGUUGGGGAUUGGACUCGGCCUGCUGUCU